AUGGUGCUAACACCUCUAUAUGGUUUCAUGACAGAAGAUUAACUCGGUUAUUGGAGAUUAAUUAGUGCAAUAAUAAUUACAUUUUAGGCACCAUUUGAUCUUGAAAGAAAUUUAUUCUCGUUUACAGAUAAAUAUUGGUUCUUCUAAAACAUGGGACUUUUUAACGCCUACGGAGGUACUUUCUUUCUAGGCUUGAGCCAAUUCACAAGCAAAUCAAAUGAGUUUUUCUUUCAAUUAUAUGCUGAUUGGUACAUAGCUGCAUUGAGUUUAUAAUCUAUAUCAGUUAUUUAUUGCAUUUACUCAGGCAUCUAAAGAUUGGUUGACAGCUAUAACCCUCCUGAUAUUCCAACUGAAGAGGACUCUGAUGUUAUUGUUGGAUCAUACUUAUAUGCAUUCAAGCAAAUAGUAAAAGACCCAAGAGUAUUGCUCUCUAACAGUGAAAGACUUGACUAAAAUGAUUUUUUCCAAAUUGAAUUAUUCAUUUUAUUGCUGGCAGAGUGGGUUAUAAACUCAAUAUACUUUAUACCUUCAUUCCUAAGUACAGUGAUAGUUUUCUUUUCUGUGCUAGGUGGAAUGGCUCCGAUGCUUGUGAAACCUGAUCCCAGCCUAACAGUUGAUUAGUUAUACCAGAACUACUUUAUUGAUUGUGGAAUUAUAUUCUUAGGAGCUGAAAUAUUCGGGCUUAUAUUUUAUGUUACAUCUAAUACUUACAAAACUAAAGUAUUCGAUUACUAUCAUUGA